AUGAAGAAAUUUAUUUAUCUAGCAAAUUUUAUCUUUAUACUAUUUAUUUUAAACAUUCCGUCCGUUGAAAAUGUUGAUCGUAGUAAUUUUAAAACAUGUGAACAAAGUUCGUUUUGUCGACGACAACGCAAAUAUAAACCAGAUAGAUCACCUUUUGAAGUAGAUCUUAAUUCAAUGAAAAUAGUUAAAAAUGGCCAUUUACGAUUUCUACUUUUUAGCACUUUAAAAUCUCAUAUUAAAUUUAAAUUAGAAAUUUUUACACUUGAACAUAAUUCAUUACGUGUUAAAAUCAAUGAAUUAAAUCCAAUAAGAAAACGCUAUGAAGUUAAAUAUAGUCUUGAUGGUGAACCAAAACUUGUCAAUAUGAAUAUAACAAAAUCAGAUGAAAAUAAUAUGGAAGUUAAUUUUGGUAAAACAUCUAAAUUUCUACUUAAUGCUAAGCCAUUUCGAUUGGAUUUAUUUACCAAUAAUAUAUUUGUUAUGAGUGUUAAUUCAAAAAAUAUGUUCAAUUUUGAAUAUUAUCGAAAAAAACCCGAAUCAAAUACAACAGCAACUAAUAACAAUAAUGAAGAUGGAAUGUGGGAAGAAACAUUUAAAACUCAUCAUGAUUCGAAACCAUAUGGUCCAUCAUCUAUCGGUGUGGAUGUAAAUUUUCUUAAUUUUGAAAAUGUUUAUGGCAUUCCAGAACAUGCUGAUGCAUUUUCACUUAGAUCUACACAUGAUAGUGAUCCAUAUCGUCUCUUUAAUGUUGAUAUUUUUGAAUAUGAUAUUCAAAAUCCUAUGGCUCUUUAUGGUUCUGUUCCAUAUAUGUUAGCUCAUAAUUCACAUGCAACUGUUGGCUUUUUUUGGUUAAAUGCAGCUGAAGGAUGGGUUGAUGUUAAUUAUAAUAAGUUAAGUGUUAAAUUUCUUGCUACUCAAUCAAAUACUAAUAAUAAUGAAAUACCAGAAGUAUCAACUCAUUGGAUGUUUGAAUCAGGAAUAUUCGAUGGAUUCUUUUUUAUGGGUCCAACACCAAGAGAUAUUUUUAAACAAUAUACAGUUAUAACAGGUUCUGUUCCACUUCCACCGUUAUGGUCAAUUGCUUAUCAUCAAUGUCGUUGGAAUUAUAUUGAUGAAGACGAUGUUCGAAACGUUUUAAAUGGUUUUGAACAUCAUCGAAUUCCACUCGAUGUUAUAUGGCUUGAUAUUGAACAUACAAAUGGUAAACGAUAUUUUACAUGGGAUAUAUCAAAAUUUCCAAAUCCAGAAAAAUUACAAAAUGAUAUUGCUACUUAUCGAAGAAAACUCAUAACAAUAUCUGAUCCACAUAUAAAAAAAGAUGAUGGAUAUCAAAUAUAUGCUGAAGCAAAAGCAUUAGGAUAUUUUGUUAAAACAAAAGAUGGACAAGUUUAUGAAGGAUCAUGUUGGCCAGGUUCUUCAAUGUGGCUUGAUUUUUUUAAUCCUGAUAUAUUUCAAUGGUAUUCUCAACGAUAUUUACUUGAAAAUUAUAAAGGUUCAACAGAAAAUCUAUUUCUAUGGAAUGAUAUGAAUGAACCAUCAGUAUUCAAUGGUCCAGAAAUAACAUUUCCAAAAGAUAUUGUUCAUUAUGGUGGAUGGGAAGAUCGAGAAGUACAUAAUCUUUAUGGUAUGCUUCAACAUAUGUCAACAUUUCAAGGUCUUAUAAAUCGUUCAAAUGGACAUAUACGUCCAUUUAUAUUAACACGUUCAUUUUUUGCUGGUUCACAACGUACAGCAGCUGUAUGGACAGGUGAUAAUUCUGCACAAUGGAGUCAUUUAAAAAUAACUAUACCAAUGUUAUUAAGUUUAUCUGUAACUGGUUUCGGUUUUAUUGGAGCUGAUGUUGGAGGAUAUUUUUAUAAUCCAGAUGCGAAAUUACUUGUUCGAUGGUAUCAAACAGCAGCAUAUCAGCCAUUUUAUCGUGAACAUGCGCAUAUUGAUACAUCUCGUCGUGAACCAUGGUUAUUUGGUGAUGAUAAUACAAGACUUAUACGACAGGCUAUUGAACAACGUUAUACUUAUUUACCUUAUUGGUAUACUUUAUUUUAUAAACAAGAAAGACAAGGAAUACCACCAAUGUUACCAUUAUGGGCUAAUUUUCCAAAAGAUAAAAAUACAUUUAAAACCGAAGAUUCAUUUAUGGUUGGUAAUGGUCUACUUGUUUAUCCAGUAACUGAAGCUGAUAUUAAUCAAAUUUCGGUUUAUUUUCCCGGUGAAAAUACAGUUUGGUAUGACAUACGAACAUAUACUCAAUAUAAUGGUUCGGAAACAGUAUUGAUUAAUGUUGAUAUAGAAUCGAUUCCAGUUUAUCAAUUAGGUGGUGUCAUUAUUCCCCGAAGAUUAAGAAAACGACGUUCGUCAAUGCUUGCCUUACAGGAUCCAAUUACAUUAGUAGUUGCACUUGAUCGAAAUUAUGAAGCUAAAGGUGAAUUGUAUAUGGAUGAUGGAUAUACAUAUAAUUAUCGAGGAAAACGUCAAUUAACUUAUCGUCGUUUUACAUUUAAAAAUAAUGAACUUCGUUCAAAAUCUCUUGAUACUUCAGCUAAAUUUGAGACAGCAGCUUGGAUUGAACGUAUUAUUAUACAUGGUUAUCCAGAAAAUCCAAAUAGAGUCAUAAUUCAUUCAGGUGAUAAACAAGCGACUCCACUUCAUAGUUAUCAAGAAGCGUCACAUACACUUAUUAUUCGACGACCUGGUCCAUUAGUAACAUCCGAUUGGACACUUUCAAUAUCAUAA